AAUAAAAUUACAGAUACAGUCCCCGUUCCGUGAGAAGACGAUCGAUCCGCAGGUCUCCGGUUUCACGAUCUAACGAAGAUCCUGCAAUUCAUUCAAUCAAUCAAUCAAUCAAUCUCUCAAAUUCGUAUUGAAGCAUCGAAUCAAGUUUGAAUCCCUCGCCCCUGGUAUUUUAAUUCUCUGUAGCGUGUUAGAUUUGCACAUAUUGAAUCAACGUUUGAGGUUUUGGAACUAUUCGAUUCGAUUGGAUUCGAUUCGACUGUUGUUAGGUUUGAGGCGAAUCAUCGCAGUUUGCCAUUAUAGCAGGAGCUUUGAAUUGGUUUCCUCAAUUUUGAUUAUUCUUGGUGAACUCUGGGAAUUCCUGGUUGGAAUAAAAGCUUAUCCUUUCUAGGUAUUUGGGAACGGAAGUUCCCUACAUAGUUGAGAGAAGACAUCGCGUUUCAAAGGCAUGAAUAGUCAAAUUUGGAGAUGGAUUUUAGGUUUGAUUUAUAUAGUGGCUGUUGCAUCCAUCUGGAUUGCUGCUAGUUACGUGGUUCAAUCAGUUGUAGAUGCUGGCGUUUCUCCGUUUCUGAUUACAUAUAUCUGCAAUUCCUUGUUUGUGGUUUACAUUCCGCUAGUCGAAAUUGGCCGGUAUUUGGAGGAUGCAUAUGGAAGUGUAUUCUUUUGGCGAGAUAGAAAAGACAGUAGUUUGCAAGAAUUAGGAGAGUCAGAACAGGUAGUGCUUCUUCAGCAGAGUCAUACAGGUUCUCAAGCUGAUAGUUCACAUCCAGAGCUAGAAGUGCGGGUCGAGCAAGAAGACAUGGUCCAUCGAGGAGAAAGUGUGACUUUUGUGAUUGUGCCAGAAACCGAUGGCGGCCAAUCUAAAGAAUCUAUUACGGAAUUGGACCAUAAAGGGCGCUGGACUCGAACCAGGAUGGCCAAGGUCAGCCUUUUGAUAUGUCCGUUUUGGUUUCUGGCACAACUCACUUUCAAUCUCUCCUUGAAGUACACUACAGUUACGUCAAAUACCAUAUUAAGCAGUGCUUCAAGCCUUUUCACCUUUUUGGUGUCUCUUGCAUUCCUGGGGGAGAAGUUCACUUGGGUUAAGCUGUUUAGUGUUCUUCUUUGCAUGGGAGGAACAAUAAUUGUCAGCUUGGGCGACUCUGGAGCUGGAUUGAGUGCAAUUGCUUCAAACCCUUUGCUUGGAGACAUUCUUGCUAUUUUGUCAGCUGCCCUAUAUGCUGUGUACAUAACCCUUAUCCGAAAAAAGUUACCUGAUGAUGAUAAUGGGAAAAGUGGUCGUGCCAGUAUGGCACAGUUUCUUGGCUUUUUGGGUUUAUUCAAUCUCUUGAUUUUCCUACCUGUUGCCCUCUUUCUUAAUUUUACCAAGCUUGAGCCUCUGAGUACGCUUACAUGGAAGCAGAUCAGUUUAAUUGUUGGUAAAGGUUUGUUGGACAACGUGCUAAGCGACUACUUAUGGGCAAAGGCUGUUCUUCUAACCACCACAACGGUGGCCACAGCCGGGCUGACGAUACAGGUACCUCUAGCGGCUGUUGUUGAUUCACUGACAGGCAAUGCCCCCAAUUCCAUGGACUACGUUGGAGCCGCGGCAGUGAUGGUUGGUUUUGCGGGCAUUAACAUCCCUUCUGAUGUGUUCUCAAGAUCAAAAGAAGCCGCCGUUCCGCAGCUACAGAAUGGAGCUGCCUGUCCGGCUGAUCAAGGUCACCUGUAACCGCAAGUUGUGUCUGGAUUCUGGAACAUGCUGCUAGUCCUACUAGUUCCUGGUAUGGUGCUGCUGCUGCUGCUGUUGCUGUUGUAUCAUCAGUACUUUCAGAGUAGAACAUUCUUUACAUAGCUAGCUUGGUGGAUUAGCUUAGCUACCAAACUAGGGCAAAUUCAACUUGUUUAUAUAAACGUAGCUUACACCUCAUGAUAUGGAGAUGUGAAUCGGUUUCUCAUUGUAGGUACUGUUGUUAUCUAUGUUUGGUUAAAUUUUACCAUUUAUUGAUAACUGAGCAUUAAUAAGGAGCAUGCAUGAUUCAAAUGGCUUGGCCGGAAUGAUA